CAUUGGUGGAGGCGUGAACUGAUCUCGGAUCAGAUUGUCCACACUAAACAGUGGUCACGAAUAGUCACCGUAACUGCAUUUGACGUCGGCACGAUGUUCCGCUGUCGGACCUCGAGCGUUUCCGCGGCGUCGUUGUUGCGCGUCGACUUCACCGUUUACUCGACCGGGGCCGGCGGCACGACGCGCGCGUUACGUCAUCUUCGCGCGGUGCGAUGCACCUCUGUUUACCGGAGACUACCUGACUGCAAAGCCGCCGUCUCAUGCCGGUCCUGUUACAUCACACUCGUCGGUUGCGAACGGGCUGCUCCGUGCACGUCGCUUUUUGACACGCCGCACGUUUUAAACGUGACGCAGAAACGCGACUUUGGUGACUGGACGCACAGGGACCACCGACGCGUCUGUGAGGUGAUUGAACCUUUUCCAUCUGCUCGACAAAUGCGAGGCGCGUCCACGACGCCGGAGAAAACGCAGGAACGCGCCGCUGGCGUUGAAGCGGAGCCUCUUUCUUCAGGGUCUGAUGAAAAGCCCAGCAAGGCGCAACAGCUCAGGAAAGUGUUUAAGGAAUAUGGAGCGGUCGGGGUCUCAUUCCACAUUGGAAUCUCUCUUAUGUCUCUGGGAAUAUUUUACAGUGCUGUCUCCAGCGGGGUAGACAUGACCUCUGUGUUGUGUAAGCUGGGCUUCAGUGAAUCCCUGGUGCAGUCGAAGAUGGCCGCAGGCACCAGCACGUUUCUUUUAGCGUACGCCGUCCACAAACUGUUCGCUCCAGUCCGCAUGAGCAUCACUCUGGUGUCUGUACCGCUGAUCGUGCGACACCUCAGGAGAACGGGUCUCUUCAAGCCUCGAACAUCAGCUCCAUAAACACACAGCUAAAGACUCCAGAAACGGAUAAGCUUCUCUCUCGACACGUAUGGGUCAGAAAAUGCACAGUGUAACGACUGACACAUUCAUAAGCUAAAAUCAUAUAAAUUUAUUUAAACAUUUGAUUUGUAUCAUAAUUUUAUUCACUACACUUAUUUCCCAUCAGUCCAUUCUCAAGAAUCAUUUGGAUACAGAUCAGAAGGUUGUGGCUCACUAUAGUAAUCUAUAAAUUGUUUGCUUCAACUUUUUUCUGAGCUGUGAAUACAAACGUAAAAAUAUAUAUGUGUACCUGUUUACAUGAGCAAGUGUCGCAGGGAAGCUAUGUGGAAUUCAAAAUGGAGAUGUGCCUCUUCUGUUUUUCUCAAGAAUGAUUUCAAAUUUUCAAUCCUUGUAUGAAGUUUGAAUAUUUUAUUAAUUGUUAUAUUUUGUAAAUGUUAAUCAAGCCGGUAAUGAAGAGUUUUGAUGUGUUUGUCUUAUUGUAAGACACGACUUUCUGGAUAUUUGAUGGCAGCAGUGCAUUGUAUAGACUGUUAUAUAAAAUACUUAAUAUUGUAACAAUAUUAUAUUUGAAAUUUAAUUAUUCAAUAAAAUACGUGCCCUGUGAA